AUGACUUCAGAUGUCACGGAGAUAUCUGGAAGGUCAUUUGAUUACAUAAUAGUAGGGGAAGGCACCGCUGGAUGCCCCAUAGCAGCAACACUUUCAGAUAAAUUCUCUGUGCUCUUGGUAGAACGAGGAGGCUCGCCAUAUGAAAAUCCGUUGAUAUUGGAUAAGAAGUUCUAUGGAUUCCCAUUGUUUCAAUCCAACGAAUUCUCGUCAGUUGCUCAAAGUUUCGUCUCCAAGGACGGCGUUUCCAACCGCAGAGGGCGAGUUCUUGGAGGAUCGUCAGCAAUAGAUGUCUGGUUCUACAGCAGAGCUAGUGACGCUUUUGUUUGA